AUUCGGGUUUGUACUUUCGAUGUCGGUGUUGCAGUACGCAUCGGCAUUGCUUACGUCAAACGCAAGUAGUGCUCCACUGAUUGGUGAUGAGCUGAUUACAUGAUGGAUGUUUUAAGGCCUCAAAUAAUACACAUUGGUGAUCGCUGCUACAGGAAAAAUCCAUCACUACACAGAGAUGUAGAGGCUGAUGAAGAAGAAGAUUUCAAUGAAUCAGCAGAACCAAUUGACUGUGGUUGGAAUGAUGAGGUCUGUGACUUUCAAACACCAAUAGAGGAAACAGAGAAUGGUUUCCAGUUGUCAAUUGAUAUUCCCAGUGCUUUGUUCAAACAUGUCAUCGGUAGAAAAGGAGAGACACGAAGGCGUAUAGAAAAUGAAACAAAGACACAAGUUAGGAUACCUAAGGCAGGACAAGAGGGCCCAAUAGUGAUUGUUGGAGCUGAAAGAAAAGGCAUCAUUUCUGCUAAAACAAGAAUUGAUGUUAUAGUUAGUACUGCCCGACAGAAGGAGCAGUUCACACACUUCCUUUCUAUCCCCAUUACGAGUGCUGAAGUUACAAAUCGUUUCCUGGAAUUUAAAGAGGAUGUUCUUCGAGAGUGUGAUGGGGACAGAGGAAUAGAUUCCACGAUAUUCCAGAAACCUGAGAAACUACAUUUAACAUUAGGGACACUUGUGCUUUUGUCGGAGUCUGAAGUUCAACAAACACUGGACAUCCUUCAACAAUGUCAUGAAGACCUUGUUUGUCCUAUCCUUAAGGGCCAGAUGCUUUGUCCUCGUAUUCAGGGUGUGGAGUACAUGAACGAUGAUCCAAGCUGUGUUGAUGUUCUUUAUGCUAAAUUAGAGCCAGGAGAAGAUUUGGACAGACUACAGAUCCUGGUGGAUCGUAUUGUGGAGAAAUUCAGCCUCUCUGGUUUCAUGCAGGAGUCGUAUGGCUCAGUGAAGCUUCACAUUACAAUCAUGAAUACACUGAUGCGGCGUGACCCAUCAGGGGCCACAGUACCACGACAUCAGGAUCGAAAGUCACGCUCAAAUGAUCAGAGGGGAUCACAACACAAGGAAAGGGAGUCAUUUAAUGCAUUGAGUGUACUGAAGAAAUUUGGAGAGUUUGACUUUGGUGAAUAUCACAUAAGAACUAUUCACCUGUCACAGAAACUUGGAGUAGCAAAAGAUGGCUACUAUGGUUGUUCUGGGUCGCUCCUGUUACCAUAACAACCAGAGGGACCAGUCAUGUACACUGUACCUCACAGACAUUGCUUUUGGCUGACAUAAAUGUUGGGGAGAGAAAGAAUUGAGAGUCAAGAAUAAAUGUAUAAAAUCCU